AUGAGGGAUGAGGUUAGAUCUUUUUGCCUCAAAGUUACCACAUUCGUUCGUCAUGCCACUGUAUUUACGCUAACUCAUGUUGGCCUCUGUUUCCUGGUUGCUUUAUAUGCUGUUGGCGGUGCAUUCAUUUUUCGAUCUGUUGAAUUUCCACAUGAAAUCAGUUUGCAGGGAAGGGUCAAAAAUGGAACAGAGAAGGUAAGGAUUUGAGAAAUACGACUUUCAGAUUCAAAGAAAAAUGAAGAGCUCAUCGAAAUCAUGAGAUUCUGAAGAUCUGACCAUCUCUCUUAACUUGCGUAACUUCUUAACAGUUCACAAGUCGAAUUAAUUUUUCUGAAAAUUCAAACCCCAUCGAAUUUUUCUACCAAACCCAAUUUCAUAUUUUUCAGGUUAUCGAUUUAAUAUAUGCUUAUAUAAACGAAGGACAUGUGAUUGAAGAAUCUGCAGUCAAAGAAAGAUCGCACGAAGUUCUAAAGAAUUUCGAAGAACUUUUAGUGGCCGCAAUGAAUUUCGAAGGAUAUGAUGAGCACGACGAAGAGCAUCCAACUUAUCAAUGGACAUUUUCUGGUGCUCUUCUAUAUUCAAUCACGGUUUUCACAACUAUAGGUUGGUGUUGGGAACUUUUUCCCCUAAUAACUCAAAUUUCUUCCCAUUGUGGCACUUUUUUCACAAACAAAAAAAAAUAGAAACCGAAUUUUUUGUCUUGUCAACUAAAAUGCGCACGCAUAUAUUUGGCAUAAGUUCCCUGGGGACCAUUGAAACACCACACUGAUUUUUUACAGAUAAAUUGAAAUGACGUCCUUUUGGGGAGAGAAAGGUGUGGGCUGGAAAAAAAGGGGAACGGCUGAGAUUUUUAAUGCGAUUAAAACACAAAGCACAUCUUUUCCUGGAGACGAUAUUGAGGGCCAGCAAGGGCUAAAAAUGGGCCAGCUGAAAAAAUGGGCCAUCUACCACAAAAUCCAAUUAUUUUUGCAGGAUACGGUCAUAUUUGCCCAAAAACAGACGCGGGUCGUCUUUUGACAAUAUUUUAUGCGAUGCUUGGAAUACCUCUAAUGCUUUUAUGUUUGGCGAAUAUUGCCGAAACUUUGGCUCAAGUUUUCACCUAUAUUUAUUUCAAAUUAUGUUGUGCGUAUUGUCGUUGGCAGAAAAAUCGACGACGUGUUCGACGGGCGGCGCUCAGUUUCAGAUAUCAUCCGAAUGCGGCGGUGAAUGUGAGAAGAGGUGAGUUAUUUAACCAGGUUGAGCUUCUAGAUUUUCAAGAUUAGUACUCCUGUAUUGAUAAAAAGCUAGGCCUGACAAUAAUCCAAAUCCCCACUUCAAUAUACAUUUUUCAGUUCAAUCUUCUCGAAGUAAUCAACGAUAUAACACAAUUCGCCGUCAUGCUUCACUAAAUCGCUCAAGAAAUCGAAGUAAUGAUACGAAAAGUGUUCGAAGUUUCAAUCGAUAUGAAACAACAUCAACAGCUCAAAGAUUUGACACAAUGUCACUUCCUGGUAGAAGGAAAAUCAGCACAAAUAGUCGAAGUCCAAAUGGAACUUUGCCUAGGCAACAAGUAUUUCCGAAAAGGUAGGAAGAAUCAUUGAAGCUUGAAAAUUUCUUGAUUUUUAGGGCUGGAAAUCUGCAAAAAUCCAACACGGCAAUCAAUAUGGAACAAUUAUACAGUGAUGAAAAAAGGCAGAGAAGACGAGGGAGACAUGCAGUUAGUGAAAGUCCAGCUCGAGAAUAUAAAGGUGGAUUAUUGGUGCGAGCACAACAACCUGAAGAAGGGGUUGUUGAUUUGAAAGCAUACGGUGGAUCUGCUGCAGCAUUUCAUGAUUUGGUGAAUCGACAGAAGAGAAGAGAAGAGUUGCCGAAUGUUGUGAUAUCGAGGACGAGGGAUGAUGAUGUGAAGAGUGAUAUUGAAAAGACAGAGGAGACUAGUGUAAGUGAUUUUUUUGGAGCAAGACUGGGUUGAACUGAAAAUUACGAUCUAGUCACUGAAAGAGUUAUAAAUUUCAGAUGUCUCUCACUGACGAAGAGGACAUGCAUCCCCAAACUCACAAAACAUCCAACAAUGUUCUUCGUCGAACUAAUUCAAAUCGAGAUCUUCGAGAAAAAGAAAUGAUGAUGCAUUCGAUGGUUCAACACAAACAGCCAAGUAUGGAUAGUAGUACAUCGAGAAGAAUGCGAGAUUUUGAUGAUCGAUCAUAUCGAUCUGGAAGAUCGGAAAGAUCUGAUGAAAUGUCAUUACAUUCAUUAAGACGAAAUGUGAGUAUUUUUAAAAACUUCUAGAAUCUAUGAACAAUUUGCAGGGUCAUCGAGCUCAUGAGAAAAUGCCAGUUAGUGUUGGUAUUUGUAUAGUUUGCGCAUUUAUCAUUGGCGGAGCUCUUCUUUUUUCACUUUGGGAAGAUUGGAAUAUGUUUGAUGGGGCUUAUUAUUGUUUUAUCACUCUGAGUACAAUUGGAUUUGGUGAUAUUGUACCAGGACAAGCAUUAGAUGAAGGAAGUCAGGAAAAAUUAAUUGCGUGUGCAUUAUACUUGUUGUUUGGAAUGGCAUUGAUUGGUGAGUUUUGGGUUUUCAUUAGUGAGUGGGUUUUUUGGGUAAGUGAUGAAUAACGAACAUCUGACUUUCGAAAAUCUCUGAAAUUUUUCGUUUUUUACAAUCCCAAAUCAUCAAAAAUGUAUUCAUUCAAUAAAAGUCAAAUUAGAGGCAUGUUGUGAUUGAGAGUUCUGUUGUUGACUCUUCAAUUCUUUUUUCUUCGUUAGGUGAACUUUUGCAAGAAUUUCAUAAACCACGUUUCGAUAUUGUUGAGAAAGCAUAUAACAUAAAACACAGUGAGAAACUGAAUUCAAAAUGUGAAGAAUGUUAAUAAUUUUUGCCGCGUAUCCUAAUAAAACUGUGAUUCCUAAUUGUUCAGCAAUAUAAAUUUGUGAUCCAUAGAUUAUUCCACGUGGAAUCUGAACAGUAAUGAAACAAAUUGAUAUACAAAUUACUAGUUUGUUAGUUUUGUGACUUUCUUCUAAUGUGUUAGAAUGCGAACUUCUUAUCUUAUUAAUUCUGUUCAAUUGAAAGACGAGUAUUGCAGUAGACACAAGUGAAAUAACAGAUGGUAAUAAUUCGAAAAAUAUAGAUUGAAAGAAAUAUACCAGUCUGAUUGGAAGGCUAUCAUAUGAAUAGUACCAUUUACGAUAUACCAUUGAAAAGGAAGGAAAUGUGAUAUUUUCUAGUCGAUUUUCGUUUUCUUCGCAUCUAUAUAAAAAUUUAUGAAAGGGAAGUACAAAACGCAAAAACUAUUUAAAAAUACAGAAAAGCAAAAAAAAACUUGGCACAAUAUUUUUUUUCCGAUUUUCUAGGCUUUGCACAUUUUAUCCUAAUUGUUAUGUUCAAUUAUUUACCCUUCGUAGUAAUCCUCCAUGUUGUAAUAGGCCAAAUAUUUAAACCUAAAUAUUUCGAAAAAACUCAAGGGAAGACCGAGUGAAAUUACUCCGAGUAUUAUUUUAUAUCCAAAGGGAGCCAGAGUCAUUUUGUCAACAAAUCUUUUCCCCGCAUAUUUGAUAGCAAUACAUCGAAUUAAAGAUAGAGACACUUGUAGCCAAGUUGUAAUUUUCUUUGAAAUGAUACUUAUAAAGUUUAGUAUUAAAUAACCAACAACUUGAAAUUGUGUAAACUGGGGGUCACAAGUAUCAAUGAUGAUUGUUUCGGAACCAAAAACAUAAUAUGAGAAAAAUUUCAAUGACCAAGUGAGAAUAUCGAAAAUUGCUAGAGAAAUCAUCUGAAUAUUUAUUGAAGACUUUCGCAGUUCUUUAUGCGACAGAAUGAUCAUAUGAAAUACUAAAAUUGGAGUUAUGCUUAUUUGAGAAUAAAUCAAAAAUGAUAAAUCUAAUAUAAAUACAGAGUCCAACCAAUCAAUGGUUUCCAUAAGAAACUCGCGAGUUUCAUUGUCAUAAUUUGGAAAAUAAUAUAAUUGAACUUGAGUGUUAGCAACAGCUACUGGAAAUCCCAUUUCAUCAAAUGAGAAAUUUUGUUUUGCGAUUGCAUCUGCCUGAAGUUUUCAGAAUUUUUUUUCGAAAACAUUUGCAAAUUCAAAAUCCACAUUGUCACGUUUAAAUACAACAAAAUAAUUCAUUUUUUCGAAAGAUCAGAAAAACAAAUGAGAAAUGUUAUGGAAAUCGAAAAAAAUCAUAAUAAUAUGUUCCUAUGACAAAUUAUAAGUUAGCUACAAAAUUAUAAAUUGUUCUGCAAAAUACGAGUAACUUGACAUUUAUAGAAAUCCUAGAAACGUAGAUCGUAAAACAGGUGAAAAUCGAAGAAUGAACUCUGCUUGUAAAUUUGAUAUUUUUGAAAUAUCUUCUAUCACAAAUCAAGAAAAAUAUGAUCAAAAUUCAUCUUGCCCAUUCAAAAAAUAUAAGAGCCAAAUAUACAGUAGACUUCGCGGCUGCUUUGAUCUUUUGUAUUGAAAGAGUUAAGUUUUCUAUAUCAUUUUGGUUCUCUUCCAAGGGUCACAAAAUUUCUGAUCGGCAAUAUUUCAACAUGACUAAUGAGCAGGCGGCAAAGUAUGGCUUGAUACAGAAACUAUUCUUUGUGUCGAAACAGUCCAUUUCGAUUUGACUGGCUUCACAAAAAUAUUGAUAACCGUUUUGCGAUAUUGAUUGGAUAGAAAAUAACAUAAAAAACAAUGCGAUACAGAAUUGAUCAAGAAAAAUAUAUUACAAAUUUUUGAAAUAUUGCUCAGUAAAAUGAAAUCUCCUGAUUGUUCGACAAAAUAAACAAGAAGAGCUGCUACUAUUCCUCUUGGGAUUUUAACCAUCAUAAAUGAUAUUGACAUAUAAAUCACCAGUCUGUUAGUUUUCUGGGUUUUCUCAGAAGAUGAGUUAUGGAAUAUUGCGUUCCUUGAUCUGCUGACUUCUUUUAGUUUCAUAACUAAAAUUGCGGUUGCAAUUGGGGAAAUAAGACACGGAAGAAGUUCGAAGACUAUCGAUUCAGAUGCAUAAUACAAUCUCAAAAGUAGACUAUCAUAUUCGUAAAAAAAUGUUUGAAGAUCAAUAGUGUAAGAAGGAAAUACGACAUUUUCAUUACGCUCUUCAUCUUCUAGGCAUCUGAAAUUGAUCGUUUUCUAUGAAAUACAUGAGAAACUCACUCUUCAAAAUAAUCAUCCUGGUUUUCGAUAAUAACAAAUUUAGUUCUCAAUGACUGAACAAUACUAAGUGGAAGAGAAAAUGCAACUACACCAAAAAUAACUUUGUUUCCGAAUGCAGCCAAUUGUAAUUUGCUGAACUUUGGAUUUCCAGAAUAUUUAAUGGCCACAGCUCUAACAACAGCCAUUGAAACCAACAACCAAGUUGUUAUUCUCAUAGCAUAAGAAGAUAUGAAAUUCAUCAGAAGUAUAGAAAGUAAAGGAAAUGGUGAAGUAUCAGGUUGACACGUAUCAAUUUCAAUAGAUUCAGAUUCAUAAUAUAUAUAGGCGUGAAAUUUAUUCACAAAUGAAAAUAUCUCCGCAAAACUUAUUCCUAUCAUAAUAACAUUCAUUGAUUGAACUCGCAUUUCUUUUUGAAAAAGUAUGAACAUAUGGAAUGUUAGGCUAACUAUACAAAUAAUUUGACAAACCACGAAAAACCCAAUCUGUAGAAAAAUGAUAUCUUGACACCAAUAUAUGACUUCCAUCCAAUAAGCUCUAGUCUCAUUAUCAUCGUUCGGAAAAUACAUUUCCUCGAUGGUUUUGUUAUAACCAACAUCAAAAGUUGUCAUUGAAACUUGCGAAACUCAGAAAAACCCAAAUUAAUAAAAAUGUUCGAGAAAAAAGUUAUUCACAUAAAUUGCAUGUUGUAAAUAUUUAACGAUAAGAAUUGCAUAAAUCUAAAAGAUCACGUAGCAAGGUGUUAUUAUACUCCUUUUUAAAAAUUAGAUGCUGAAGUUUGUCAAAAAGAAAUAAAAACAUCUGCAAAAAUAAAUUCGGAACUUACGCAUAUAAACAACAUGAAUUUGUUCAGCGAUGUGUUUCAAGUUGAUGCAAGAUGACGUGGUGCAAAAAGCAAGAUGGUUGGGACAAAAAAUCGGGAUUUUAGGUAAGAGUUUUCUGAAGCUUUUGCAUGAUUUAUGCUUUUGUGAUUUGUCCUAACUUGUAUUGCAGCUCGUCCGUUUCAAUUGUCACGUGAAAUCGCCAAACACGCUAUUUUUAUGUUCCGAUAUUCGGUUUCCGGUAGCUUUUGCUUGGGCUUUUAGAGAAAAAUGACCAGUAAAAUCAUUGCCAUUGUGUUUUACUGGUCGACUUUUCAAGGGGGUGGAAGAGAAGAACAUGUGAAAAUAAUUCCGAAAAUAGUUCAACGUAUCCUCAAGGAAUGUAAACUUUUAAAAAUUAUAGUGUAGCUUCUAAAUUUUCUCUUUCCGCUUUUAUCUAUUGAUUUGUAAAAUUUUCAAACAUUCCAGUCCGCGAUGAAAGUUCUGAAUCAGAAUCUGAUUUCGAUGACGACAUGAUCGAAGAGGAUGAAGAAGAUCUAAGCGAAGAGCGAAAUGAUCAGGUAUAUGUGAGUUAAAACAUUUUCAACAUUCCGAACUUACUCCAAGGCAAAACUAAUACUUUAAAAUUCCAGGACAAGCGCACAAUCUCAUCAGGUUCGUCAAAACAAAACGACGAAUUCAUACAUCCGAAAAAAUAUCAUCAUCGUAGAUGGAAGUGA